AUGCGAUUUCAUGCUGCCCUCACCCUGGCAGCAUGUCUGGCGCCCGCCGCUGCUAUUUUCGAGGACGACGCCUACCACAUUGACUUCCACUAUGCCCUGCUAGGCCAGCCGCAGCGCGAGGCCACCUUUUUCCAGAAGCCAUAUGCCGGCUCCAAGGCCUCGCUGCUGUACUCGAUAUCGCAGAACCAGACCGUCGCCGCCAUCAACCCCAAGGACGGCGCCCUUGUGUGGCGGCAGCACUUCCCCACCGCGCCCCACGGCCACGGCCACGGCCACCUGAGGGCCGGGCAUGAGCAGGACACAGUCGUCAGUGCAGUGGGAGACCGCAUCACCGCCUGGAGCGCCUCCGAUGGGCGUCUUGCGUGGGAGACGAGCGUCCGGGGCGCCGUUGUGGAGGACCUGGAGAUCCUGGAGCAGGAGGAUGGCAUGACCAUCAGCGAGGCCAAGGACGCCAUUGUGCUACUCUCGGGCGGGACCACCGGAGUACGGCGCCUGGAUGGCAAGACGGGGCUGGCCAAGUGGACGUUCGAGGAUACCAGUGGAGACGCACCAUACCAGAUAUCGACCUCGCCCACGACCAUCUACUACAUCUCGCUCCACACGUCGAUGCUCGGGGGCUCCAAGCUCAAGGUCACCUCGCUCAGCCCCAUCACCGGCAAGAAGAUUGACCAGUACACGCUCAGCUCCGACGCCGAAAUCACCGCGCGCGACCACAUUCUCUUCGCCGGAGCCAACACGGCAGCGCCGCUGCUGGCAUGGACAGACAAGGGCAACAGGGUGCUGAAGGUUAACAUCAUCGGCACUAAGAACGUGGCCACCUUCAACACACCGGGCGAUGAAGUCGUGGAGAAGAUUGUGCUGCAUGCGCCCAACCACAUCAACUCGCUCCCGCACUUCCUGGUCGAGUACCAGACUGCCAUUGGUCACUCUGCGGAGGUCUAUCACGUGGAUCUGAAGAAGAGCACUGUGUCGAAAGCCUACAGUCUCCCCGAGCUGCGCAGCAAGGGCACAUUUACGACCAGCACGCAAGACGCCAAUGUGUACUUUACUCGCAUCACCGAAGACGAAGUCGCCGUUUUCUCGUCCGUCUCGCAUGGCGUACUCGGCCGAUGGACCUUGAAGCACUCGCUUGCCACCGCAGGCGCAUACCCCGUACACGGUGUUUCCGAAGUAGUCGUCAAGUCAGGCUCCGCCAGCGCGGUAAGAUCCGCCGUCUUCUACUCGAAUGGGCAGUGGGUACUACACCGCAACGACGAGCUUGCAUGGUCGCGGCCAGAAUUUCUCUCUGGAACUGUGUCCGCAGUUUGGGCCAGCCUGCCUGAAGCGGAGACACUCGCACAGGCUCUUGAAGAGGAGAGCCACCGCAACUUGGUAUCGGCCUACAUCCACCGGGUGCAGAGACAUGUGCAGGACCUACAGCAUUUGCCUGCCUGGGCGCAGAGCAUCCCCGCCCGUCUUCUCGGUAGUGUCUUCGGCAAGUCUAAGGAGGCCACAGAGAAGGCUAUCAAGCUUGACACCUUUGGAUUCCAUAAGCUUGUGGUUGUCGCAACCGAGCAGGGCCGUCUUGCUGCGCUCGACGUCGGCUCGCGUGGUAAGAUCCUCUGGAAUGUUGAUCUACGCAAACUCGCGCCAGAGGCUAUCUUCAGCCGACCAUCUCUCAAGGCUCACCGCGGCUAUGUCGAAGUCAGAGAUGCAGGUCUGAAGGGAUCGCUCUUCGUCAACUCUACAACCGGCGGUCUCGCCUCGCCCCAGCACGUCAAGACAGACGCGUCCGUUGUUUCUGAUGGUCAGAAGCUCGUGUCUUUUACGCUCGUUGACGGCACCCUAAAAGGCUUCUUGGAGGACGAACCGACUUCGGAACCCGUAUGGAGUUUCUUGCCUGCUUCAGGAGAGCGCAUUGUUUCCUACACAGCGCGGCCUCUCAAGGAUCCGGUAGCCUCCAUUGGCAAGGUUCUCGGCGACAGACGCGUGCUGUACAAGUACUUGAACCCCAACCUCGUCUUAGUCACAGCAGUCUCCGAUGCUACUCGCACAGCUUCGGUCUACUUGCUGGACUCGGCUUCCGGCCAACUCCUCCACACCAUGUCCCACAGCGAUGUCGACACGUCCCGACCGAUUCCGUCCACCAUCUCGGAGCAUUGGUUCAGUUACUCCCUCACCACCGAUGCCAAAUCCGGGGCCUCUUCUCGCGGCUAUCAGCUUGUCGUUGCUGAUCUCUACGAAUCACCUCUUCCUGAUGACAGGGGUCCACUCGGUGCUUCCUCGAACUCGUCUACUAUACAGCCUUCAGGCUCAACAGGCGACGUAGUCAAGCCUUAUGUUCUUUCGCAGAGCUACCAGAUCCCCGCCGAGAUCUCGCACAUGACUGUCACUCAGACAAGACAAGGAAUCACCAGCCGCGAGCUCCUGGUCACCGUCCCAUCAUCCAACUCGAUCAUCGGCAUUCCUCGCCAAGUGAUUGAUCCUCGUCGCCCUAUUGGCCGUGAUCCCGACAACACGGAGAAGGAAGAGGGUCUGUCACGAUACACGCCUGCAAUUCAAUGGGACCCAAGGUGGCACCUCACGCACAAGUACGAAGUUCUUGGCCUGAAGGACGUCAUCACCAGCGAGAGUGGCAUUGAAAGCACAAGUCUUGUUUUCGCGUACGGGCUGGACAUCUUUGGCACAAGAGUCGCGCCCAGUUUUGCAUUUGAUAUUCUUGGCAAGGGAUUCAACAAGAUUUCCAUGUUGAUCACCGUCGUGGGUCUGUUUAUUGGUGUCAUUUUUGUUGCGCCGUUGGUUCGGAGGAAACAAAUCAACUCGCUUUGGACGAUACAAUAG